AUGUUACAAACGUCGUCUAAUAAAGAUAAAAAAGAAUUUCGUUCGUUGGUAUUACAUUUAAAAAAGUUAUAUCCAUCAUGGAAAACAAAGGAAAUUACAAGAUUUAUUAUGAAAUCCGAAAAUCCACCAUCUUAUUCAACAUCAAAGGCUCUAUGGUUUAAAAUUUCGAGAAUAUUGAAGAGAAAGACAAUAGAUGACUUACCAAGAUCAGGUGCACCUCGUACAACAACUACACCUGAAUAUCUUCAAGUCGUACGAGAAACUAUUGAAUUGAAACGAAAUACAUCAAUUAGAAAUGCUAAUGAUAAACUUAAUAGACAAGGUUAUAGAACAUCGAAAAGUUCAGUUUGGAGAGUAAAAAAUGAAUUGAAAUUAAAAUGGUGGAAAAGAAAAACUGUGCAAAAGUUAACAGAUCAUCAAAAGAUUCAACGUGCUACUAUUGCAAAACGUUUACGAAAGCAUUAUGGUGUGAAGAAAGGUUCCAAAUUUUACAAAUGGAAUAAGGUCUUAAAUACUGAUUUUAGUGGAACAUUCUUGUUAACUCCUCAAGCCAAUCAACAUAAUGAAGGUGUUUAUCCUAAAUCAUCAAAUGAUAUUCCAUAUGAGUUGAAAACUAAGUCAAAACAAAAAUUCCAGAAAAACGUUAUUUUAUGGGGUGGUAUUUCUUAUCAGGGGUUAUUUUCGAGCCAAUCUCCGAUUUUUACUGAUGAAUGGUUGGAUCAUAUCAGACCAGAAGGUACUGAUCGUCGAACAAAAAUGUAUUUUACCAGUGAUAGAUAUGCAAAGUUUAUUCAAACAAUUGUUGCAAAAAAAGCAGCGAAAGAAUUAGAUAAUUUAGAAGAUGUGAUUUUCCAGGAUGAUCAAGACAAUAAACAAAGAAUGCCGGUGGCUUUGGAUGCUGUCAAAAAUGUUUUUACCAAUCGAAUUGAACCAAUUAACUGUGAUGCUAAACUAGCCGAUAUAUGA